AUCUUGAUAACAGCAGGUCAACCCUCUCUCUCUUUCACUCUCACACUCACAUACACUGCAAACAUGAUGGAAGAAGUGUCUAUCUCUGUGGCUUACAAUGCCCACAUCAUCGACCAGAUGUCCGAGGAGGAGAUCCUGGCCAGCUUAGUGGCGGAGUCCUUACCCAAACAACCAGUCCCCACUUCACAGGUACCGUCUAAGAAGCUUAGGCAAGAAGACCCUCAUGACAGAUACCAGGAGAACGUACGUCUUCACGAAACAAGUCUGCGCCUGGAGCAAGAGAAUGAUCACCUGGCCCAUGAACUCGUCACCAGCAAGAUUGCACUGAGGAAUGCCUUAGACCAGGCUGAGGACAAGGUUGAUGAACUAACACAGGAGCUUUUGAAAACCAGGCACCAUUUGGAAGUGGCAGAAGAAGAGAAGAAAGAGACAGAAGAGGAGGCCACUCAGCUGAAGGAGGUAUUCAGAAAAGAGCUGGACAAGGCAGGAGCAGAUGUCAACAGGGCAAACAGCAUCAUAGCCGAUUACAAGCAGAUCUGCUCUCAGCUAAAUGCAAGACUUGAAAGACAGCAAACGGCCAAUGAUGAGGAAAUGGCUUCAAUUAAGAGCAAAGUGAUGGAAUGUGAAAAGUGCUGCAUGCUCUUCAGCGUGGACGGAACACUUCAAACAGAGGAAUCAAGAACUUCAACAAAACCUUCACCAAGCAGAGAGAAGGACCUGCUCCAAGACCAGGUCCGCGAGCUGGAGAAAGAGCUGGCCCAGACCAAGCUUCAGAUGGUGGAGGCUAAGUGCAGGAUACAGGAACUGGAGCACCAGAACGGAGCGCUGACCACUGACCUCCAAGCAGCCAAGAACGGCUGGCUGAGGAAGACCCUCGGCUCCUUGAGGAUGGCCACCACCGGCGUGCAGGCCUCCACACCGCGAGACGACAUCCUGGCGCCGGUCAGCACCUCUCGGUCCGGGUGGGUGAGCGCCAGGAGACUCUCGCUGGCGCUGAGAGAGGCCAGGAAGGCUCAUGUGUGAGGACGAACUGGACGCCAGAACUGUUUCAUGGGAAUCCAGAGGGAGAAGCAUGAGAGCUACAGUAUGAUAUGGAGGUGCCCCCUUAACUGCUGCUUGGAGUCGGAAGGGGGUGCUGAGCAGAAGCUACUGUUAAGAGAGACAGUCAGUCCUGAACACUCUCUCGCUCCCUUAGUGAAAGGCGGUUGCUCAACGAGGCUUACAGGAGACAAGUCCAAGGCUUGGUGACUGGCUGGGAGAAGUUCACUCAGAAUAAGUGGUAAACCUCCCAUCAGAAACAUGUUCUGGCUUAGGAAACCUUCUGAGGAAGACAGAAAUAUCACCCUUCUGAUGAAUUGUGGAUGCUGAUGGUCCCAGCUUAUGUUAAGCUAUUUGUGAUUUUUUACUUUUAUAUGUGCCAAUGUUUCUAUGACUUGUGGGCAGUAUUUAUUAGUGACAACUAAAAAAAAUAAACAAGUUUCAUAUGACCUUAUGACCAGACCAAUAUGAGGCGAGACACUCACUCCCUGCUAAAUCUUGUUUAUUAACAGAGCAUCUUGGCAUUUUGCCCUAAUUCAACAAUCCAACAAUCUAACAAAUAU